AUGAUUGUGAUAGUUAAGCUUGGAGGAGCAGCUAUUACAAACAAGAAAGGCGUGUGUGAAUUCGCACCAAAACAAGAUUUAGCCAUCUUAUUGGGUCAGAUAGCCACUGCUUAUCAAACCCUAAAAACAAAGGGCCAUCAACUUGUGCUUGUUCAUGGUGCAGGAAGUUUUGGACACCCACAAGCCACACAAUAUCAACUAAAGACAGGUUGGUCAAAUACUGGCCCAAGUCCUGACUUUAUUAAAGGGUAUGCUCACAUCCGUGCGUGUUUACAACAACUCAACAGUGCCAUGACCUCAGAACUGGAAGCACGUCAUGUACCUGUAUUGUCCAUGUCACCUAUAGACUACAUCGUCACUGAUGACUGCGAACAUACACCAGCAGACAAGUUUAGAUCAAUGGCAGAUCGAGUCAAGGAAUACCUUCGAUUAGGGUUUGUACCCAUGCUCCAUGGGGAUGCUGUACUAGACAUGGUGCGUGGAUGUACCAUUCUUUCAGGCGAUGUCAUCAUGUAUCAACUCACAAAACUAGUCUCUGAUGUAUCUCGUUGUGUGUUUGUGACAGAUGUGGCAGGUAUUUAUCAACAUGAUCCCAAGUUGAUUCGUCCUGAACAAGGCAAGAAUGAACUAUUACCUCAUGUCAUUGUGAAGCAUCAAGAUCAUCAUGUUAUUACAGACGUCACUGUAGCCGAUGUAACAGGCGGCAUGCAAGGCAAAGUAGCAUGGGCAAAGAAAAUUGUAACUGAAUUUGCAGAGAGAAAGGUAGAUGCUGUGAUAUGUCAAUCAGGAAAGACAGAAGCAUGGACCAUGAUGACAUUGGCAUAUCCUCAACAAGGAGCUCAAAUGACAUUAUUUACGUUUGAAUGA